UCGCACAGUGUGCUUCUCCGCCAGCAGAUGCCGCUUCAUUAUCUCCAAUAACUCAUCAAAGCCUUCCACUUCCUGCCGAGCAGCUCAGUUCAGGAAGAAGAAAUAAUGGCGACGCUUAUGGGGUCCGAGUCCCCCUGUACUGGAGGAAAACGAAGACAUUGCACCGGCAAUAUCGUCACUAAGUUCACGGCUAGUAAAAUCACCGGCCAGGGGUUCAGCCGAGGGACGCAGCUCCCAGGAGGCCUGCUCCAGGAGAGAGAUAAACGAGCCAAGUGGCAUGGCAUCCCCGCUCUGCUGCAGAGGCUCCACGAGAGCAGCCAUCCCAACAGUGACCUCUCCCAGGCCCACAGCUUUCUUAAGGUUUUAUCAUCCCAGCUCUCCAUGGAGGCGAUGUCUUUCGUUACGGAGGACAGGAAGACCGCUCAGGAAUCCACCUUCCCCAACACGUACACCUUUGACCUCUUUGGUGGAGUCGAUCUGCUUGUGGAGAUCUUGAUGAGACCCACAUUAACUAUGCAGAAGAAAAAGCCCAAUAUGAAUGAUGACUUGGUCAAGGACUGCCUUAGUGUUCUCUACAACUGUUGUAUAUGUACGGAGGGGGUCACGAAGAGCCUGGCAGCGAGGGAUGACUUUGUUUUGUUUCUCUUCACCCUGAUGACAAACAAGAAGAUCUUCCUACAGACCGCUACUCUAAUUGAAGAUAUUCUCGGAGUCAAAAAGGAGAUGAUCCAUUUAGAGGGGAUCCCCAACCUGUCCGGUCUGGUCCAAAGCUUCGACCAACAGCAGCUCGCCAACUUCUGCCGCAUCCUGUCCGUCACCAUCUCAGAACCUGAUGUGGGAAACGACGACAAGCACACCCUUCUGGCCAAAAACGCCCAGCAGAAACGCAACGCCAGCCCCUCGCGGGCCGAGGUCAACCAGGUUACCCUGCUGAACAUCCCCGGCUUCAUUGAGCGUCUGUGUAAGCUAGCCACAAGAAAAGUGUCUGAGGCCACGGGAGCCAACUUCCUGCAGGAGCUGGAGGACUGGUACACGUGGCUGGACAACGCGCUGGUGCUGGACGCCCUCAUGCAGAUGGCGACAGAGGAGGCUGAACAAAGCAGUACAGAGUCAUCCGAUGAGAGUACCCUGGCCACCAGUCCGCUGAGACAUCGACUGCCUCAGUCCAUGAAGAUCGUCCAUGAGAUCAUGUAUAAAGUGGAGGUGCUCUAUGUGCUGUGUGUCCUCCUUAUGGGCCGACAGAGGAACCAGGUCCACAAGAUGCUGGCUGAGUUCCGUCUCAUCCCGGGACUCAACAACUUGUUUGACAAGCUCAUCUGGAGGAAAUACACGGCCUCCAACCACGUGGUCCACGGCCAGAACGAGAACUGCGACUGUAGUCCAGAGAUAUCCUUUAAGAUCCAGUUUUUGAGGCUACUUCAGAGUUUCAGUGAUCACCACGAGAACAAGUACCUCCUGCUGAACAGCCAGGAGCUGAAUGAACUGAGUGCCAUAUCUAUGAAGGCGAACAUCCCCGAGGUGGAGGCGCUGGUGAACACAGACAGAAGCCUGGUGUGUGACGGAAAGAAGGGGCUCCUCACACGCCUCCUCACCGUCAUGAAGAGGGAGCCUCCAGACUCCUCAUUCAGAUUCUGGCAGGCAAGGGCAGUGGAAAGUUUUCUCAGAGGAGCCACCUCCUAUGCAGACCAAAUGUUCCUCCUGAAGAGAGGUCUACUAGAGCACAUCCUGUUUUGCAUCAUAGACAGCGGCUGUACAUCUCGAGACGUCCUGCAGAGCUACUUUGAUCUGCUUGGGGAGCUCAUGAAGUUCAACAUUGAUGCCUUCAAAAGAUUCAAUAAAUAUGUCAAUACACAAGAAAAAUUUCAGACCUUCCUGACGCAGAUCAACAGCUCUCUGGUGGAUUCCAACAUGCUGGUGCGCUGCAUCGUCCUCUCACUGGACCGCUUCGAGAGCCAGACGGAAGAUGUCAAAGUGGUGGAGGUGCUCUCUGAAUGCUGUCUGCUGUCCUACAUGGCCAGGGUUGAGAACAGGCUGGCCUUCCUCUUCCGACUCGUCAACAUCAUCAACGUACAGACGCUCACACAGGAGAAUGUGAGCUGUUUAAACACCAGUUUGGUGGUCCUGAUGUUGGCCAGAAGAAAGGCUAAACUGCCCUUCUACCUCAACGCCCUGCGGGAGAAGGAGUACGCUGAGAAGUACCCGGGCUGUCUGCUCAACAACUUCCACAACCUUCUGCGCUUCUGGCAGCGCCACUACCUCAACAAGGACAAGGACAGCACCUGUCUGGAGAACAGCUCCUGCAUCCCCUUCAGCUACUGGAAGGAGACGGUGUCGGUGCUGCUGGGCUCCGACAGGACUUCUCUGUGUGCCAUAGCGAGCUACAUUGACGAGCCCUACAUGGAUCUGGACAAAGACUUGCUGGAGGAUUGACCUCUGGUGUGUGCACUCAGUGCACGGGGGUGGGGGGGGUGCAGACGGUCACAGGGAGCAUGGACACCUGAAGCUGGUGCUGACUCCUCUGAGCCGAGCCGUCCGGGCGCUGUGUGACUGCGUCCCGGGUGAAAAGACUCGCCUGUUUGUCCGUCUGUAUCGACGGAGACGUAAACCGCUCCGGCUGUCAUCUUCUCACUAAGUUACCCACCUCUUCUUCAAAGGAAGGAGGACACCCCCACCCCCCACACAUGGUUUAACAGACAAUUAAAGGACCUUGGAAACGACACCUGCAUUGGGUGUUUGCUUUAGGUCCAAUAGAGCCUUUUAUAUAACCUAUACAAAAUUCUAUGAAAAAAAUAUGUAUGAUUCAACAAAAUAUAUGUUCGGGAAAAAAGUUCCUUUUCACGUGGACUGGCUUUGGAAGUGACCACAGCUUAAACCGUGACCCACAUGUGCAGGACUCUCUCUCUCCCACUACUUACACCCUCUGCUGCCACUCCAAUGCCCCACCUGCAGGGGGAAGCAGACAUUUUUUUUUUUUUGUGCAGGGGUCUUCUCAAUGAACAGCAUCUUCAUUCAACCCGUCUGUUGGUCCGUUUUAAAUCUGGUGGUAUUGUUUGAUCGGUGCUCUCUGGCUCUACUCCGCACAUUAGGCCGGCUGACAUGUCACACACACACACAUGCACACGCACACACACACGGGACUCCUUUCUUAUUUUUUGUUGAUUUACUUUGUCUUGUUUAUAAAUAAAAAAACAAUGGCUUUUUAGCUUUCUGGUUAAACUGUAGAAUAAAACCUUGCACAGAUGGAAUUGUUUUUAUUGUUUAUUAUAUUUUACCACCUUUUUUUUGUUGAUUAAAAACAACCCUUUUCAUUUUGUAACAGACUUUGUAUCCAUGUUGUGAGAGAUGCUUUGGGAAGAGAAUAAACUAUGCAGGCGCUAGUGUUAAAAUACCACUUUCAUGGUUCCGGUCCACUCAGAGUUUAUGUGAAUUAGCCUUUGUUUCUCUGGUCUCUGCUAACCUUUGACUACAAGCUGAGAAUGACAAUCUUUCUAUGUGAUGGCUCUUUUUUUCUUGCAUGGCACCACUCUUAAAUCUAGAUAAAGAAGAAGCAGUGAGCACGGCGGUGUCGAUGAUGUGUUCACGGCCCCGCAUGUGCAGCUGUUUUUAUGGGAAAAAGAAAGACUUGGUGUCUCAAAUUCAACCGAUAAAGUACAAAUGGAUGAGCUACCUCAUAUUUUAUCCGUACAGAUCAAAAACCACUUCUGAUGACAGGUGUACAGUUUUCCUCUGAGCAUGUCAUGAGUCAUAUUAACUGUUCAUGUGAAUGUAUAAGGGCAUUUCUACAGAUAAUGCCAUGAGUUGCUAGUGCUAUGCCGCCUUGGGAUGCAAACACAAACGUCCUUUUACACUUUGAAAGCCUUUUAUUUGCUUUAAAGCUGAUUAACCAGAAAUGUUUCCUGUUUUGUUUUUUGUUUUCUAGCUUUCAUUCAGCAUGUCUUAAAUCUCUUGAUGGGUGUGCACAUUCUUUGAAGUGCUUCUCUCUCUCUUACAAAAAUUCUCAAGUUUCUUUUUGCUGGAUGCCCGAGAUACGCCUGCUGGUUUCUUGAUAACAUGAUGUGAUUUGACGCCGGCUCAUGCUGCCGUGGUGGUACAUCGUUAGAGCUGACCGUGUGUUAUCAUUGAGCCCAAUCUCCUCCUGUCGAUCACCAUGGAAGUCAAAGAGGCGAUCGGUAUGAAAACAUGAAUGUUGUGAGCGCUCUAUUUAAACAAUCCUGACUUCUGUAGCUUUGUGAUCUGACUUUUUCAGAGAGACUGAUCCCUCUGUAUGAUGCACAAGAGAUUUGGUUCUCAACACUUAAUGCUGUAUGUGGUGUGAUCUGCUCCUCGUAGGCCUUAGAUUUCAUCCUUUUUAGUUUGUUUUAGAAAAUGGUGAAAUGUUUUCCCCUUUGGCCAAAAACAUGCUGCACAGUGUUUAUGUCAACACUAUUUGGUUUUCUUUUUAGAUCCCUGAUGCUUUGUCUUUAUUUAAAGGAGAUUUGUGUGACAUUUGGCAUGAGGAGGACACAUUUUGCACCCGGGCCUAAACGUGGACCAUGUGGUGCUUCAUUGAUCAAAUGAUUGUCUCACUGAUCUAUCUACAGUGUUUGUUGACCAAGAGAUGCAGGCAGUGGAUAAUAUUCAUGGUGUGAAUCUAAAUCCUUUUAGAUAACCUAUGUUUCUCUUCAUGUGUUGAAUUAUGCAUAACAAUCUCCUCAUGUUUGUGUUUAAAUUUCACCUCUGCACCCUCCAGUCUUAACCUCCUUCUAACCCUGUUUGGCCAUCAGACAAACAGACUAUAGCUUCUUCUGUAACCCACUUUCACCCACAUGUUCCCCCUCUAAUGCUGGUAUUUAACUUCAUUUUUUUCUUAUUUAACAGCUGUUUGUCAAAUUAAUAAUAUAAUAAAUUCUUCUUUAGACCUUC